AGAAACACAAUCAAAGGGUGGCAUGGGACAUAUUAAAAGAGUAGCAUGCCUAUUUUUAACCCUUAUUCUGAUGGUGGCUUCGGAGGCUAAGAAUGUCCCAGCCGUGAUUGUUUUUGGAGACUCCUCAGUUGAUUCUGGUAAUAACAAUUUGAUAGCUACGGUUCUAAAGAGCAACUUUAAGCCUUAUGGCCGUGACUUCGAAGGUGGUCGAUCCACGGGACGGUUCUCCAAUGGUCGUGUCCCCCCAGACUUCAUUGCUGAGGCUUUUGGCGUUAAAAGCACAAUACCCGCAUACUUGGAUCCUUCUUAUACAAUUCAAGAUUUUGCCACUGGCGUUUGCUUUGCCUCUGCUGGAACUGGGUACGACAAUGCAACUGCUGCUGUAUUAAAUGUGAUACCGUUGUGGAAGGAAAUAGAGAUGUACAAGGAGUAUCAAACCAAAUUGAGAGCACAUGUUGGUGUAGAAAAAGCCAAUGAAAUCAUAAGUGAAGCGUUGUACCUUCUGAGCUUAGGAACCAAUGAUUUCCUUGAAAAUUAUUAUUUGUUCCCAACCCGACGAGCCCAUUUCACGGUGUCACAAUAUGAGGAUUUGCUCUUGGGCAUUGGGGAGAAUUUUGUUAAGGAAUUGUACGCACUUGGAGCCCGAAAAUUAGCCAUAACUGGUCUUGUUCCCAUUGGGUGUCUCCCCUUAGAGAGGGCUACAAAUAUUUUAGGGUAUCAUGGUUGCAAUGAGGAAUACAACAGUGUGGCUUUGAGCUUCAACAAGAAAUUGGAUAAUGUGAUUUCGAAGCUAAAUAAGGAGCUCCCACACAUGAAAGUGGUGUCGGGAAAUGCAUAUGGCAUCGUCAAUGAUAUCAUUAAAAGACCUUCCGCAUAUGGAUUUGAGGUUGUAGAGAAGGCGUGUUGCUCCACUGGAACAUUUGAGAUGAGCUACUUAUGCAGUGACCACAAUCCACUCACAUGCAAAGACGCCAACAAAUAUGUGUUUUGGGAUGCCUUUCAUCCUACUGAGAAGACAAACCGCAUUGUCUCAAAUUAUUUGAUUCCAAAGUAUCUAGCAAAUUUUAGAUGAUCCAUUAGUUUUCUUAAUUUUAUAAAUAUAGUCUUGCCAAGAUAUAUACAUAUAGCGAGAUUUAAUUUAGUAUUGGAUUUCCAUGCUAUAUAUGUAUAUGUUUCCUUUGUUCAGCUGUUA